UUUCUUUGUGCGUUUUAGUAGCUGUGAAGUUAGUGCGAGAUCUGUGCGCGGUUGCUGUGGUUUCCAAGGGGAGGUUCAUUUCCUGCAUUCCUGUCAUUCUCCCAGAAUGAGCGAGAGCAGAUUAAUAAUUAUUACCAGCUUGAUUCCUGAAGGCAGAGGAAGGAGCUAGAUGGGAGACAAGGAGAGGGACAAGAAAGAAACAACUGUCGGUAUGCUCGUAAGCAGUUACACCGAUUUAUCUUAAAAGACUUUUGUUUUUCCACUGUGUAAUUGUACACCAGAAAAUAUUACAACAUCGCCAAAUUGUGUGCAGUUCAGGACACUAAGCUACAAGUUGGAAAGUGUGCUGAAAAGAUUCACAGGACGAGCCCUCAAAAUGUGACUGAACGAAGUCACCAGGAGACACUGAAGCUGGUGAUAUAGAUGUCUUUAUUCAGCACACAAGCAGACGAGGCUCACGUUGAUGUACAUACCUGGACAGCAUUCACAGAACACACAAGCUUGAAAUGAGAAAUUCAGAAGAAGGAACAAGUGGGACAGUUCUACAGCGUUUGUUACAAGAGCAACUCCGUUAUGGCAACCCUAGUGAGAAUCGUAACCUGCUCGCCCUGCACCAGCAGGCUACGGUAAACGUUAUUGCCUUCAAUAACAAUGGGUCAGUGAUAGCUUCCAGUGAUGGCAUGACACAAGAUGAGCGUCAAAUGGUCCCACAUUCUGCACGACAGGAACCCCAGGGCCAGGAGCUGCAGGUUGACAACAGUGCCAUGGAGAAGCAGCUGCAGAGCCGAGCAGCGCAGAAUACCGAGGAGCUCCCAACGUACGAAGAGGCGAAGGUCCAAUCGCAGUUCUUCAGAGGACAGCAGCAUACAGCAGCGGGAACUGCUUUCUUUGUUACGGGAAUAAAUAAUCAGAAGAUGAGAACUGAAGGCCGGUCCACAGUCCAAAGGAUUGGAGGUGGGAAGGUUCACCAGGAUGAUGGGCUUAAAGACUUGAAGCAAGGUCAUGUUCGCUCUCUGAGUGAACGCCUCAUGCAACUCUCCUUAGCAACAAAUGGCGUCAAAGAGCAAUCUUCCGUUGCAGGUGGCGCGAUUUCAUCCCAACAGGCAAAUGAGUUUUAUACGAGUGCUGGCCAUGUUUUGCCUCAGACAUCUGUGAAAGGCACUGACCCUCGAGGACCACCGCCAGAAUAUCCAUUCAAAAAUACACCCGCGAUAACUGUUACUUCCAAGGCUCAGGAUUAUGGAAAUUGCUACAGUGACUUCCGAUUGGGAAUGAUAUCUGAGAUAUUAAAACCAGGUGUAAGUUCGUAUAUCAGGCCAGAUGCUCCUGGUAUGAGGUACCAGCCACCUCCAGAUUAUGGCUCUGUCAGGCAAAACCAAGAGGGACAGAUACUUCAGCAACUGCAGUUACAGCAGCGAAGCUAUCAGCACAGCCCAUCAUCAUCUCAGACCUCCAUGGGAUCUGUAUCAGUAAUGCAGCCCCCAGCCUCACCGAUGUGUAUCCAGCCUCAACAAGGCCCCCCUGCAAACCACUUGCACCAGCAGUUUCAGGGUGACCCAUUGGCUAUUGUCUUGCGAGCUCAGCAGAUGGUGGAGAUCUUGUCAGAGGAAAACCGCGCUCUUCGCCAGGAGCUGGAGGGAUACUACGACAAAGUGGCUAAAUUGCAGAAGCUGGAAAUGGAAAUCGAGCGAGUAUCAGAAGCUUAUGAGAACCUGGUCAAAUCAUCUUCCAAGAAAGAAAGCUUGGAAAAAGCUAUGCGUAACAAGUUAGAAGGGGAAAUCCGGAGACUUCAUGAUUUCAAUCGAGAUCUAAGAGAUCGUCUGGAAACUGCUAACAAACAGCUUGCUGUUAAAGAAUGCGAAGGUUCUGAAGACAACCGUAAGACUAUCGCUCAGCUCAUUGGGCAGAAUAAGGAGAAUUUGAGAGAAAAGGAGAAGCUAGAAAUGGAGCUGUCUGCCCUUCGGGCUACGAAUGAGGAUCAGAGACGGCACAUUGAGAUCCGUGAUCAGGCUUUGAACAACACCCAAGGCAAAGUGGUCAAGUUGGAAGAGGAGCUAAAGCGGAAGCAAGUGUAUGUUGACAAAGUAGAAAGAAUGCAGCAGGCUUUGAUCCAACUUCAGGCGGCCUGUGAGAAACGGGAACAGCUUGAACAUAGACUAAGAACCAGGCUUGAAAGGGAACUGGAAUCCCUUCGAUUGCAGCAGCGCCAGGGCACCACCCAGACAGCCAGUACCCCCGAGCAUAAUGCCACAGCUUUAAUGGAGCUGCUACGUGAAAAGGAGGAGAGAAUCCUGGCGUUGGAGGCUGACAUGACCAAGUGGGAACAGAAGUACCUGGAAGAAAGUGUGAUGCGCCAGUUUGCAUUAGACGCGGCUGCAACAGUAGCUGCCCAAAGGGAUACUACUGUACUGGGUCAUUCACCAAACGGUAGCUAUGAAACAUCCUUAGAAGCCCGGAUUCAGAAGGAAGAGGAAGAAAUCCUAAUGGCUAAUCGGCGGUGCCUUGACAUGGAAAGCAGGAUUAAGACACUUCAUGCUCAAAUUAUUGAGAAGGACGCUAUGAUCAAAGUCCUCCAACAGAGAUCAAGAAGGGAGCAAGUUAAAACGGAACAACCAACUGCAUUAAGACCUUCUAAGUCCCUAGUUUCAAUUUCUAAUGCGACAUCUGGACCUUCGUCCUACCCCACACUGUUGUCCAGUAACCCAAUAAUUGAAGAGAAGAAAGAAGACAGGAGUUGGAAGGGCAGUUUAGGCUUUCUGCUAAGCCCAGAGAAAAAUGAGUCGCAGUCCUCCUCCUCUUCUCCCGUACUACCAUCUACACCAGUUCUGUCGGCGCAUUCUAAAACAGGAAGCCGAGAUAGCAGCACCCAGACGGAAAAAGGUCCUGAGCACAAAAAAUUGGGCAGUGUGUCACCGACACAAGGAAAGCUAGGCAGAAGCAGCCCUGCACAAAUGGAAACACUAGAUAGUGCUCCAUUGCUAAGUAGCACAAUUGAGAGGAGAGUGCCACCUUCGCCUUCCGGACAGGAUCUUUCAGAUAAUGAGAUGGUGGAAAUCCUGAUAUGAAAUUCCCCUCAUUUAGGAUUGAGAAAGGACACGCUCAAGAGAAUCCGAAUUGCAUUAUCUUUUGGGUGAUUUAAGGCCAGGGAUACGGAGCGAGUGUAAAAUGGAUCCUGAUCCAACCAUAAGUGUGUUUCAAGCAAAAGCACUGCAGGAAGAGACGGGAAAAAAAAAUGGAUGAAAGGAUGUAUAUGUUUUAUCUUCAUAUUUUUUUAAAGAGUAUACGAAAGAGUGAAAUUAUCCACCUGGCUCUUCAUAAACCUGUCUCAGUAUAAACUGUUUAGACAAGUACCAGCACUGCCUCACACAUAACAUUCCAACUUAAGCAAAUGCAUUUAAAUGAAAGUAUUAUGUACACAAAGAAAUAGAAUGGCAUUUGAUAAGACCUUGGGCAACAGUGUAUUCAAAAGCCACUUUUUGACUAUCAAAGUGCUUAUCAAAGGAGGAAAGAACUUUUUUAAGGAGAAGAAAUGGACACAGGCAACAAUGGAGCAAACCUUCGGUCCUUUCAAAGUCAGAGAAAAUAACCAGUUUCCUUCUGUUUGUAUUUGAAAUUUAAAAAAAAACACAAUUUAAAGGAAGAUAUUUUGAACACCCUGGGUUGUGUGUAAAGGAAUAUGAUAUCCUUUAUUAACAAAGUUAAACCAGUGUUGAGGUCUCUAAUGUGAUUUUAUUUUUGUUUCUGAAUGAUUCACAAAAAUUCUAUCCUAGUACUAAAUUUAAAUAGUUUUUAAGUUUCCCUUUUGAUUUUUUUUGUGAAAAUCAAGCCACCAAUUGCUAUCAAUAGCUGGUUUUGUUAUGAGAUAUUUCUUCCAAUAUCUCAUCAAAAUGAUUAUUCCUAAUAUGUGGCUCAAAACAUUGACAGAAGGGUUAUUGAAUUAUGGAAGUUUAGCUACUGAAUACAGUUCUGUUUGCAUUUGGUAUCCUUGUGACUCUUUCCAACACAUUGUCACUGGUGAACGUGUAAGAGCAUUAUUCGGAGGCGGGUUUUGUUGUGCUGUCAUAACAGGUGAAUGCUCUUACUGAAAAGCUGUACAUUUCCUGCCAUGUUUCCAUAAGAUUUGGCAGCUCAUUUGGUUUUAACAAACUUUGAAAGAUCACCCAUGCUAUGUUUCAUUUUGGGAUCCAGCAAACUGAUUUAACUAUUUAAAUAAAUGAUGGGUUUGAAGCAGACAUGGACCCAUUAUAGAACUUCCUAAUAACAUGACAAUGUUACCCCCCCCCCUUCCCUCAUACCCCAGAUAAAUAUGUUCAGUGAGAAUGUCAUUCAGCUUUUUUCAUUUGCUAUUUAACUCGUGUAGGAUAGACAUGUAGAAGUGAUACUGCGACCCUAUAUUUUUGUAUCUUGACAAAUGAGGUUUAGCAUUGAGUAUUAUUUACGGUAUAACUGUUUUGUAAUAUCAUCCUGGGAUGUUGCUAAUAUUGUCAAUAUUAACACACCUUAUAGCUGAAGCUGAUUGUAUUCAUAUCUAUUUCAGUCUUUCAGUUAAAGCAGAAUUCUAAAAUGCAUCAGACAUUUUUUUAAACCUGCAUGUAAAUCAUGUAGAGUCCACAUUGGUCUACCUGGAACUUGGUGUUUAUUUGACAGAAAACUAUUACUCUGCUGCAAAAUCAGAUUUGUAGAAAUGUUAUGCACUUAAUGCAUUUAUAUUUCAGCAUUUCCUCAUUAUUAUAAUAAUUCAAAAUUUAAGGGAAAGGAAUAACGAUACAGUUGCAACCUUGUGAGCAGUCUAUUAUAACAUUACUGAUACAGUACAGGAAAAUAAUUAAACUUGGGCCAGCUCUUGCUGUUAUUUUUAAGUACCACCAGUGACAGGCCCGUAUACAUAGUAAUAAAUUCUAAUGAUGCACAGCUCAGUAUUAUGGAAGGGUUAAAAAUAAUUAAACAACUAGAUGUUUGGACAUUAAGAGAAAUAUUUGUAGGUCCGGAAAAGAGCUUCAUUAAUUUUUCCUCUUUAAAUUUAUCAUCUCUUUCCUGUUCGGUUCAUUCACUGCUCAGCUCCCAAUCAGUGACAUUUGCAGGCUAGGAGAAGAAAUAUGUGAUCCAUGUUCUGUCCUUUUUAACUUGCUCUUAGGUUAACUUGGCUGAAUCCCUCUAAUGUCUGCCUGAGCACGUGCAGCUGUGGCCCUCUUUCCCAUUCAGUACCAUUUCUGGUGGGUAGACAUAUUCAUAAGAGGGUAAAAACAUCCUUUUCAUUUAUAAUUUUUUUUAGUUUUAAUAGCCACUUUCUUAUUUGGAUUCAACAUCUUUGAAAAUAUUUUGACUCAUAAUCAUUUUGUACAAGAAAAGUGUAUAACAAAUGUAGAUCUAUAAUUUUUGCUGCAGUUGUGACUUUUAGUAGACAAGUCAGUUUUUGGUUGUGUAAUAAUGUUAUUGCCUGAGUUAAAACAGAAAUGUUGCUAUAUAACAGUGAUAUCCCUCAAAUACUACAGUGCUGUAUGUGCCCCUUUAAAAGGCCAAAGAACCCAAGGAGGGGGUUACAAAACAGGAAUAUCUGAGUCCUGGUUCAAUGCUGAGCAUUGUCCAGACAAUGCUAAGGAGAUUGCAAUUCAAAUUCCUCAUGCGGUGCACACUCUAGUAUGUAAAUUAGUCUUACUUUUUUUUUGUUACUUAUUUUAAAGUUCAUAUAAUUUGCUGCACUGAUUAGUCUGAUGAGGUGGUGAUGCUGGUAUAGAAGUUGUGCCCUCUUAUCAGACCCCAUUGAAAGAAAAGGAUUCUGUUUAGCAGUGGUGGAUUAUGAUGAGCUCCACCAGGAGUUUAAUUACAAAUUCAGAAUGUUGCACACAAUAAUGUUAUUGUUGGCCUUUUUUUCAAAAAAAGGAUAGCAUUCCAAGCUAAUAAAACUCAAACUGUGCAAAUUAAAUCUAGAAAUUGUAGUGAGCAAAGUCAGAAAUUAAUGGAUAAAUUGAGUUGAUUAGUCCUGAAAAAUACGUAGCCCAGCUAACCAGAACAAGUCAAUGUAUCCACAUAUUUGAGGCACUCAGCCAUUUCGAUGGGGCAAAGGUAUAUAGUGUACAUUCUGUAUAUUUAAAUGGCUUUGGCUCUAAAGCCCAUAACAUUGCACUGUACUGGACGUCAAUAUAUAGUAAUUUCAUUUUUGAUUUGUGAAUAACCUAAUUCCAAAAUACUAAGUCAUGACAGUCUAUAACAUUAAAAAAAACAUUUUUAUGUACAUUUCAAGAUUUGCCUCACUAAGUUGGGGAGAGGUUGGGGGAGUGCAGGGGCCAUACAGGCACAGACAUUUUAAAACUAGGAACUGGUAAUGUUGCCUAUCUUCAAGGUUUUGAUAUGCAAGCAUCUGAAUAUUUUCAAUGUGCACUUAACAAUUAGGAAUUAAGUCUCAAAUAUGUGGUGCCUUUUAAUUUUUUUUUACUUUGUUGUACAUAGUCAAAACUAUUGUUAGACUUUUAAAGCCGGCUUUUUGCUCUUAAGUUAAAACCAACAGUUUUGUACUUUCUAAGUAAUUUGUUUAUUGUAUAUUUAAUAGAAAUGUUUUCUAAAUUGUAAUCAAAUCAGAUGUGUUGUCGUUCUUGCUAAUUGUACUUUGGCAUAAUGCUACUCACAUAAACAGCAAAAAUCAAAAAUGUCAAAUCAAAUUAAUUUUAUUCCAUAAGAAAUAGGGGCAGAAUUAGGCUAUUUGGUUCAUUGAGUCUGCUCCACCAUUCCAUCCUGGCUGAUUUAGUAUUCCUCUCAACUCGAUUCUCCUGCCUUCUCCCUGUAAUGUUCGAUGCCCUUACUGUGGAGUAAA